AUGGAGAUAGGAAACCUGAAAUCAUUGGUGGAUCUGUCAUUGAGCACCAAUCAACUCAGUGGUUCAAUUCCGCCAGCAUUAGGUGAUCUGACCAACCUUACGAGUCUCUAUCUCUAUUCAAAUUAUCUUUCUAGCACUAUUCCUAUGGAGAUAGGGAACCUAAAAUCAUUGGUAAAUCUAGAUAUGAGUUUAAAUCAACUCUAUGGUUCAAUUCCAACAACAUUGGGUGAUCUUAUGAACCUUACCACUCUCCAUCUCUAUUCAAAUAAUCUUUCCAGCACUAUUCCCAUGGAGAUAGGAAACCUGAAAUCAUUGGUGGAUCUAGACUUGAGCUUCAAUCAACUUAGUGGUUCAAUUCUGCUAACAUUGGGUAAUUUGACCAACCUUACCGAUCUUUAUCUCAAUUCAAAUAACCUUUCCGGAACCAUUCCGACAACAUUAAGUGACUUGCAUAACUUGAAAUUUUUAUACCUCCGUGACAACCAACUUUCUGGGUCCAUCCCUCCAACGCUAGGAAAUAUCCAGAAAUUGAUCGAAUUGGAAUUAGAUACAAACCAAUUUUCCGGCUAUUUGCCGCACAACAUUUGCCGAGCUGGAUCGCUUAGAAAGUUUACGGCAGACACCAACCAUCUAAUUGGCCCAAUUCCAAAAAGCUUAAAAACCUGCACAAGCUUAUUCAGAGUGCGUCUUGACAAGAACCAAUUGACAGGCAACAUAUCUGAAGAUUUUGGUGUUUAUCCUAGUCUGAAUUUUAUAGAUUUGAGCAACAAUCAACUUUAUGGUGAAAUCUCACCAAAUUGGGGAUUGUGCCCAAAAUUAACAUCCCUACGAAUUGCGGGAAAUAAACUUACUGGUUCUAUACCAGCUGAGAUUAGUACCGCAACCCAAAUUCAAGAGCUGGAUCUUUCAUCAAAUCAUUUGGUCGGGAUGAUUCCGAAAGAGUUUGGGAGCUUGACUUCACUGGUGAAGCUAAUGAUGGAUGGCAAUCAACUUUCAGGUGGUGUCCCUUCAGAGUUUAAAUCAUUGGCUGAUCUAGAAUAUCUUGAUCUAUCAGCAAACAAAUUCAAUGAUUCAAUUCCAAGCUUUGUAGGUGACUUUCUCAAGUUAAGUUACUUGAAUUUGAGCAACAACAAAUUCAGUCAAGCAAUUCCAUUUCAGUUGGGGAAGUUAAUUCAUCUGUCCAAACUAGAUUUGAGUUUUAACACACUUGAAGGUCAGAUACCAUUAGAUAUUAGCAACAUGCAGAGUCUGGAGAUACUUAAUAUAUCCCACAACAAUCUUUCUGGUUUCAUUCCAACAAGUUUUGAAGACAUGCGCUGGUUAUCGUAUGUAGACAUAUCCUACAAUGACUUGGAAGGUCCACUUCCCAACAACAAAGCAUUUCAAUUUGCUCCUCGAGAAGCAUUGCUAGGGAACAAGGGCUUGUGUGGCAACGCACGAUUUUUGCAAGCCUGCAAUAUCUCAAACGACCACAUAUUGGGAUUUCUAAUAACGUUUCCUUUGUUGCGAGCACUUGCACUUGCACUUGCACUUGUCUUUUUAUUUGCUUUUCUAGCAAAAAGAAAAAAGAAAGAUCAACACAUGAACCAAAAGAACAUGCAUAAGGAGAUUUUGUUUUCAGUAAUAAAUUUUGAUGGCAAGUCAAUGUACGAGGAAAUCGUAAGGGCAACAAAAGAUUUUGAUUCCAUGUAUUGCAUUGGGAACGGAGGACAUGGAAGUGUUUACAUAGCCAGUCUCUCAUCUAACAACAUAGUUGCAGUGAAGAAACUUCAUCCUUUGUGCAAUGAUGAGAAUAAUAUUCAGAAUGAAUUCUUGAAUGAAAUAAGGGCACUAACUGAGAUUCGACACCGAAACAUUGUAAAGCUUUAUGGUUUCUGUUCACACAAGCGACAUUCCCUUUUGGUGUAUGAGUAUCUUGAAAGAGGUAGACUGGCCACUAUGUUGAGCAAAGAUGAUGAAGUUAAAGAAUUUGGGUGGAGAAAAAGAGUGAAUAUUGUGAAAGGUGUAGCUCAUGCAUUGUGUUACAUGCACCACGAUUGCUUGCCACUAAUUGUCCAUCGUGACAUAUCGAGCAAGAACAUAUUGCUGGACUCUAAAUAUGAGGCCUCUGUUUCGGACUUUGGCACUGCAAAGUUCUUAAACCCGGACUCAGCUAAUUGGACUGCCCAUGCAGGCACAUAUGGAUAUGUGGCACCAGGUAACCUUGUUGUUUUCUGUUCAUUUAGUUUUAGACCUUUUUAUGGUUUAUCUUAUUAG